GAUUACAGGUGUGAGCCAUCACACCGGGCCACCUGCGGUUUUUCUUUACUGCAAACUCAGUGUGUCAUAAUUAACAUCAUGGGGUUGCCAAAAGUAAUAUUAGGGUGCAUUAGUAAAUAUGUUGUCUGCAGGAAGGAGGCAUGAGUCCAGGCCACCGCUGGUAUGCCAUGUCCAUUUGUGGCCACCAAUGUUAAGCACCUCAGUAAAGGCAGAGGUAGCAGGAAGGCUAAAGGACCUGGGAUUGUUCAGCUGGGAAGUGAAGACACUUUAAAACACAUGUGGUUCAAAACUGGAUGGGCUGCUGCUUAACAGGUAGUGAGUUUCUUACCCCUGGAAGUAUUUAAGCAAAAUCUUGACUAAUUGUGAGUGGCUAAGGGAAAGAUUACUGCAUGGAGCAGAAGGUAAAAUCAGUUAUCCUUUUAGCUUUCUCCCAGCGGGAUGAUUUUUAUUUCCACGCACCCAUUUCCGCACCCUUUCCUUACCUAAAUCCCUACGCGGACCCCCAGUCUCUGACCACAGCCUGGGGCAGCUGCAGAAGGGGCAAAGAGGAGCGUUCCAGAUCUGCUUCUGCCUCUCCACUGCCAACGGCGCCAGCUGCUUCAUCGCCUUGCCACCAGCAGUCGGGAGGCCAGCCAUCUGCCCCCUGGGUGCCCAGAGGAGGCCGGGGCUUCAAGAGUGGCUAGGGCCCCCGGCCAGGGAGCGGUUGGACCUACAGAUCAGCGCAUGUCGGCCAGGGGGCGGUUGGACCUACAGAUCUACGCACUCCGGUGUUAGGGUGCAGACCUGCUGGCAGGCUGGGGGCAGGCCUAGAACUGCCCAGCGGCGCAGCGACCUGGCGUCCUGGGUUCGAAUUUCCACGGUUCCCACCUCAUGAAAACAAGGCGUCUCAGGUCCCACCGACAGGGGCCAUGCCCGGGGCGCGCAGCCUCGGGCGCUAGCAUUAUUCCUGAAGUCUGUUUCCUCCUGGGGCCUCGGUCUGACGCCCUCAGUCAGCGCUUCGCAGGAAGCCGACUCCCAAACCCGGGCAGGGGGUGUGGGCCAAGGGCGAAACCCCGCCCCCAGGGGUCCCUGAUCUUUGCCCCGGCCCCGGGCUCGGCGCCUCUCGGAGAGGCAUCAGCAGGCGGACGGCGUUGCCUUUGUGUGUUUCGCUUCGAGGUGCCGGAGACCCUCCCCAAAGCCGUCCGCCGCGUCCCCUCGCGGCCCUCGGCCCCUCCUCUCGGCGUCCCCAGCCCCCCUGCUCAGCUCCGCUUGCCAGUUCGGGAAUUGCUGGUUCGCUCCCCGCGGCGCCAGGAGGAGGGGCGAGAGCCGGCAGCCCCCUCCCCCGCGCGCGGCGCAGGAGCUGAGCCCAGCCCGGGGGACCCGCCGCCGCCGGUCAUGUGGGCCGGACUGCUUCUUCGGGCCGCCUGUGUCGCGCUUCUGCUGCCGGGGGCUCCAGCCCGAGGCUACACCGGGAGGAAGCCGCCCGGGCACUUCGCGGCCGAGAGACGCAUGCUGGGCCCCCACGUCUGCCUCUCUGGGUUCGGGAGUGGUUGCUGCCCUGGCUGGGCGCCCUCUAUGGGUGGUGGACACUGCACCCUGCCCCUCUGCUCCUUCGGCUGUGGGAGCGGCAUCUGCAUCGCUCCCAACGUCUGCUCCUGCCAGGAUGGAGAGCAAGGGGCCACCUGCCCAGAAACCCACGGACCAUGUGGGGAGUACGGCUGUGACCUUACCUGCAACCAUGGCGGCUGUCAGGAGGUGGCCCGAGUGUGCCCCGUGGGCUUCUCGAUGACGGAGACAGCUGUUGGCAUCAGGUGUACAGACAUUGACGAAUGUGUAAGCUCCUCUUGCGAGGGCCACUGUGUGAACACGGAAGGCGGGUUUGUGUGUGAGUGUGGGCUGGGCAUGCAGCUGUCUGCUGACCGCCACAGCUGCCAAGACACUGAUGAAUGCCUAGGGACUCCCUGUCAGCAGAGAUGUAAAAACAGCAUUGGCAGCUACAAGUGUUCCUGUCGAACUGGCUUCCACCUUCAUGGCAACCGGCACUCCUGUGUAGAUGUAAACGAGUGUCGGAGGCCAUUGGAGAGGCGAGUCUGUCAUCAUUCCUGCCACAACACCGUGGGCAGCUUCCUAUGCACAUGCCGACCUGGCUUCCGGCUCCGAGCUGACCGCGUGUCCUGUGAAGCUUUCCCGAAAGCUGUGCUGGCCCCAUCUGCCAUCCUGCAACCCCGGCAACACCCGUCCAAGAUGCUCCUGUUGCUUCCUGAGGCCGGCCGGCCUGCCCUGUCCCCAGGACAUAGCCCUCCUUCUGGGGCUCCAGGGCCCCCAGCCGGAGUCAGGACCACCCGCCUGCCAUCUCCCACCCCACCACUACCCACAUCCUCCCCUUCUGCCCCUGUGUGGCUGCUGUCCACCCUGAUGGCCACCCCAGUGCCUACUGCCUCACUGCUGGGGAACCUCAGACCCCCCUCACUCCUUCAUGGGGAAGUGAUGGGGACCCCUUCCUCACCCAGGGGCCCUAAGGCCCCCUGGCUGGCAGCAGGGCCCUCUCCCUGCUGGCACCUGGGAGCUAUGCUUGAAUCAGGGAGUCGCUGGACAGAGCCUGGGUGUUCCCAGUGCUGGUGCAAGGAUGGGAAGGUGACCUGUGAAAAGGUGAGGUGUGAAGCUGCUUGUUCCCACCCAAUUCCCUCCAAAGAUGGGGGGUGCUGCCCAUCAUGCACAGACUGUUUUCACAGUGGUGUCGUCCGAGCUGAAGGGGACGUGUUUUCACCUCCCAACGAGAACUGCACCGUCUGUGUCUGUCUGGCUGGAAACGUGUCCUGCAUCUCUCCCGAGUGUCCCCCCGGCCCCUGUCAGACCCCCCCACAGUCAGACUGCUGUGCUUGUGUUCCAGUGAGAUGCUAUUUCCACGGCCGGUGGUACGCGGACGGGGCCGUGUUCAGUGGGGGUGGUGACGAGUGUACCACCUGUGUCUGCCAGAAUGGGGAGGUGGAGUGCUCCUUCAUGCCCUGCCCUGAGCUGGCCUGCCCCCGAGAAGAGUGGCGGCUGGGCCCUGGGCAGUGCUGCUUCACCUGCCAGGAGCCCACACCCGCGACAGGCUGCUCUCUCGAUGACAAUGGGGUUGAGUUUCCAAUUGGACAGAUCUGGUCGCCUGGUGACCCCUGUGAGUUAUGCAUCUGCCAGGCAGAUGGCUCGGUGAGCUGCAAGAGAACAGACUGUGUGGACUCCUGCCCUCACCCGAUCCGGAUCCCUGGACAGUGCUGCCCAGACUGUUCAGCAGGCUGCACCUACACAGGCAGAAUCUUCUAUAACAACGAGACCUUCCCGUCUGUGCUGGACCCAUGUCUGAGCUGCAUCUGCCUGCUGGGCUCAGUGGCCUGUUCCCCCGUGGACUGCCCCAUCACCUGUACCUACCCUUUCCACCCUGACGGGGAGUGCUGUCCCGUGUGCCGAGACUGCAACUACGAGGGAAGGAAGGUGGCGAAUGGCCAGGUGUUCACCUUGGAUGAUGAACCCUGCACCAGGUGCACGUGCCAGCUGGGAGAGGUGAGCUGCGAGAAGGUUCCCUGCCAGCGGGCCUGUGCUGACCCUGCCCUGCUCCCCGGGGACUGUUGCUCUUCCUGCCCAGAUUCCCUUUCUCCUCUGGAAGAAAAGCAGGGGCUCUCCGCUCACGGAAAUGUGGCGUUCAGCAAAGCUGCUAGGAGCCUGCAUGGAGACACUGAGGCCCCUGUCAACUGUAGCUCCUGCACUGGGACCCCAAUAGCAUCACUCUCGAGGCCGGCGCUCCAUCUGCUUCAGCUCCUUUUAAGAACGAACUUGACAAAAACACAGACUUUACCUACAAGCCCAGCAGGAGCUCUUGGUCCACACUCACCGGCUUUGGGGCCCACAGGCACUUUCCCAGGGGAGCCUGGGGCCUCCCCUCGACUCUCACCAGGGCCUUCGACCCCUCCAGGAGCCCCCACUCUACCUCUAGCUUCCCCAGGGGCUCCUCAGCCACCUCCUGUGACUCCAGAGCACUCAUUCUCAGCCUCUGGGGCCCAGAUAGCGUCCAGGUGGCCUCCUCUGCCUGCCACCCUCCUGACAGAAGCUUCAGCACUUUCCAUGAUGGACCCCAGCCCCUCGAAGACCCCCAUCACCCUCCUCGGGACUCGCACGCUUUCUUCCACCACCUCUAGACUCUCUGCAGCCCUUGCAGCCACCACCCACCACAGCCCCCAGCAGCCCCCAGUGGGGGCCUCUCAUGGGGAAGAGUCCACCAUGUAAGCCGGUCACUGUGUCCGGGAGACUCAGAAGAGAGGACACUCUGCCAGUGGCUCCAAGGGUGAACCUAGUGGGGAUGCCUGGGCUCCCUCCUGCAGGGGCCCUGGUGAGGAUGGAAGAACCCCAAGGCUGGAUGUAACCUUGUUCCCAGGAAGUGUUUGGAAUGUGCUGUAAGAACGGAGGAAGUGGUUUCCACUGUCAGCAUCCUCCCUGGACCGCGUGGCCAGCUCAUCUUUUGAGAAGGGUCAGGGGCUGCCAAGUUCUCCUAGAGGAAGAGACACGUCCGGCUGGGAUUCCACUCACUGGGACUGUACCGCCAGGUGUCAUGCGUCCCCCUGAGGUUUCCUGAUUAAAGGUUGUCUCUGUUUCCCCA